CGGUCUUUUUGCAAGGCGAGCCAGGCUCGAGGCACAAGGGGGCGCACAGUGCUUCGCGAAUAUUCGUGGCCUAGCCGCCGUCGCCGUGGGGCUCUUGAGCGACCUCAAGCGCUGAGGGCCUGGGCUUGGGAGGGAGAGGGCCGCACGCCAGCACCACGGCGGCGGCACUGUUCCUUCGAAACCACCUCCGUGAAAGGGCGCAGCCAGGCAGCAACUGACCACGAGCCGCAUUCUGGACAGUCACUCUUACGUCCAAUCGACUAACCACCGCCUUAAAAGGUGCGCCCGAGCAGCCCGGCGUGAUGCUGAAGGAACGCACCCCCGAGCGGCGUCGCAGAGAGGCACCAGAGCCGGCCUCUUCUACUCCUGCGUCCAACGGCGGAGGAUCUCCGGGCACCCUGACUUCGAGGAGUGCUUGCGCAAUUCGGGGGGGCUUCAAAUGCGGCGCGGCGAGCUGCAACCAGGUCGCCAGGAGGCGCGCCAGCGAAGGGAAGGCACCCCGUAGUACAGCGCGGCGCCAUCUGAGGCGACGGAGAUGUGGGAGAAAAGGGAAGUUGGAGAAGAACAGGAAGAGGAACAGGAAAAGGAACAGGAACAGGGACAGGAGGUGGCGCCGCCGGGCGAGCGAGCAACUGGAGAAAGAGGCAGGCCUCGCGUGGCUCGGGGGCAUUCGCCUCGUCUGAAUUUGGACCACAGGAUCCGCAUUCCUCCCUGGGAAGGUGAGGCACAGCGUGCGAAGCCCCCCAGGGAGGGGAGGAGGAGGAGGAGGAGGAGGA